AUGAAUUAUGCUGCGAAAAAAAGGCUUGAUCUUAAUGAUAGGGCUGGAAUACAUUUGAAUAAGAAUUUUAACUCAUUGGUUGUUGAAAUGGGGGGGUUUGAGAAUGUUCCAUUUGAUGAGAGAGAUUGUCGGAAUUUUAUUAACAAGGCAAGAGAGCUUCGGCUUGGCAAAGGAGGUGGUCAGGCCCUUUGUGAUUAUUUCGUAAGAAUGCGAGAAUUGAAUGAUAGAUUCUAUUAUAUGAUAGACAUGGAUGAUGAUAGUAGGUUGCGAAAUGUGUUUUGGGCUGAUGCACGAAGUAGGGCAUUGUAUGAAUAUUUUGGGGAUGUUAUUACAUUUGACACCACAUACUUGACUAAUAGGUAUGAUAUGCCAUUUGCUCCCUUUGUAGGAGUCAAUCAUCAUGGUCAAUCUAUACUUUUUGGGGCAGGAUUAUUGUCAAACGAAGAUAUAGACACAUUUGUUUGGUUGUUUGAGGCAUGGUUGAAGUGCAUGAACUACAAAGCUCCAAGUGCAAUUAUAACAGAUCAGGAUAGGGCAAUGAAAAAUGCAAUUGAGAUAGUUUUCCCAAAAACACGACAUAGAUAUUGUCUAUGGCACAUUAUGAGAAAAGUCCCCGAAAAGCUUUCAGGAUAUGAGCAUUAUGAUCAAAUUAAGAUGGCCCUAAAUAUAUGUGUGUAUGACUCUCCCAAUGUUGAUGAUUUUGAGGGAAAUUGGAAAAGUUUAAUUGAGAGUUAUGAGCUUCAGAAUAACCCAUGGUUGAAUACGUUAUAUUCUGAGCGGACUUUUUGGGUGCUGGCAUAUAUGAAAGAUACGUUUUGGGCGGGAAUGACUACAACGCAGCGGAAAAAUGGUGAGAGGGAGGCACGUGCUGAUUUUGAUUGUUAUAAUCGCACGAGUCCUUGUGUAACAGACUUUGCUUUAGAGAAGCAGUUUCAAGAUGCUUAUACAAAUGCAAAAUUCAAAGAAGUUCAAGCAGAAUUUAAGCCACGUUCGAAUGUUAAUAAUUGUCUUCUAAAAAGUGAAGGUGCAAUUUCUACAUAUCAAGUGAUUGAAACUGAUGGAAACCGCAUGAUGAACAAAACAUUUAGUGUUUUCUUCAACACCAAUGAAUUGGAAGUGAAGUGUACUUGUGCAUUAUUUGAAGUAAGAGGAAUCAUAUGCAGACAUUCCAUUUCUGUUCUACUUACGAGUGGGGUUACAAUGUUGCCACCUAGAUAUAUUCUUGAUAGAUGGAGGAAGGAUAUAAAUCGAAAACAUGUUUUGAUUAAGAGUAGUGGUGACGUGUUGGUUAAUAACUCCAAUGCCCAGAGGUAUGAUGAAUUUUGCAAGCAUUGUGAAGAAUUAGCAUUGCUCACAUCCAAGAACGUGAAAUAUUUCAUGGAAGCGAUGAAAAGUGUUGAUAUGUUAACGGAGAAAUACCGUGCCUUAACGUUGGUUGAGCCCAAUCAAUGUGAUGAAGUCAUUCCAAUUUGUGAUGAGGUACUUUUAACUAAUGAGGGCACUACGGUGCAAAGUGAGAAGGUGCUUACUCCUGUUAAGGCUACAAAGAAAGGGAGACCACGCUUCCUACGAAUGGUCCCAGUUAUAGAAAAAGUGACCAAAAAGUCACAAGGUAAGAAAUCCCAAAGACGAAAUAAGCAACAGGGCAAGAACACUGUCAACAAGCAAAGGAAAAAGAAGAAGGUACAUAACCUAUCUCAAGAUGACCUCAACACUUCUCAAACUUCAUUGCCUCAUACAACACAGGGUUCCAUCAAUGUGGCAGCAACAAUGGUUGAUCCAAUGUCUGAGUUGCCAAAAUUGAUCAGCCAACACAAAUAUGAAGAAGCCUUCGUCACAGCCUUUCGAAGAUGUGAUGUGUCUAUUGUAUACUGGCUAUGCUCUCAGGUUGAUCUACAACAUAUAUUGUCUAUAUAUCCUCUUCCUUUGAGCCAAGUAGUAUUACUUCACCUUUUGCGGCAUCUAACCUACGGUAUCAAUAUCAAUAUGCCCCACACAUUUGGUUGGAUGAUAAGCGUCGCCAAUGCUAUAAUCCCAACAGACCCAAUGAUUGCAACGCAGGUGCAGCCCAUCUUCAAUGAAGUUUAUGCCGUUCUCAACCAUCGACAAUACUUGCCUACGAUUACUGGUGAUGAGCUUUCAAGUAUCCGUUCUCUGAUACAUGUCAUUAUGUCCAAGAGCAUGUAAAAUUUAAUAUAGUUUAUGCCUUUGAUGUUGGCAUUUUUUUAAGGGAAUUGUCAUGUAACUGUCUUUUUGAGAAGUUGCCAUGUGACUGUCUUUUUGAGAAAUUAUCAUGUAACUCUUUAAAAGGAUUGUGUUGGGAGCAACGCGGAAGAGCUUUGUCAUUUAUGUUUAUUGCAUAUUUCUUAUUGUUUAUGAAAGUUUUUUAUAGGGAAUG